AUGUUUUAUAGUAAAUUGUUAUACUACAGUUACGGCGGGUCACUAUUCACUAUAUUUGUGAUUGUUAUAUUUAUUUUGCUAAUUACUGGAAGAUUAAAUAUUGGGGAUUGGCUAUUACAAAUAACUCCUUAUGCUUUUGCAUUGAUUGGGAUAGCGUUGUGCAUUGGGCUGAGUGUUGUGGGUGCUGCAUGGGGAAUAUUCAUCACUGGUUCUACUAUUCUUGGUGCUGCAGUAAAAGCGCCUCGCAUCAGAACGAAAAAUUUAAUUAGUAUAAUUUUCUGUGAAGUUGUGGCCAUCUAUGGCGUGAUAAUGGCAAUCGUAUUUUCAGCAAAACUGCAGUAUGUAGCAGGAGAGGAUGUAUAUUCUAAGGCUAAUCAUUAUACCGUUGGAUUCUGUAACCUAUUCUGUGGCAUAGCAGUCGGCAUAACAGGCAGCAGCGCCGCACUGGCAGACGCACAAGACCAGACCUUAUUCGUAAAGAUUCUCGUGGUUGAAAUCUUUGGGAGUGUGUUAGGGUUAUUUGGAUUGAUUGUGGGAUUAUUACAGUAG